ACAUCAACUAAACGUCAAAACAUUUGUUUCCGUUAAGGUUUUAUUUUUAAUUUUCUACAAAAUUGAUUCAAACGUAAAAUGCGUGGAUUUUUCAUCAUUGUCCUCCUCGCUGCUGCCAAUGCUGAAAAACUGGGAUACAAUUACUCAUCGGGUGGAUCGACUCAUGGAUUUGGAAAUCGAUUCAAACACCGAGGCCGAACAACAACAGCAGCACCCACACCAGUCGACAAUGGAGUUGCCACUGGAAAUAACAUUGGACUUGGUGGAUUCCCCGCCGAUACAAAUGCCAGAGAACAAUACCAAUCCCUAGAAUCCCAGCCAGAAUUCAACAAGGAAUUUUAUUCGUACACAGCACCUGAGGAAGAGUUCAAUGACAUUGAUGGCAGCCAACGUUUGGCAGCCACAAUGCGUAAAAAUCUUCGCGUUGUAUUUAUCAAAACACCCGAAAAUAAUGGUCUGGCAAAUGCCGCUUUGCAGUUGGCUAAACAGUCGGCCGAAUCGAAGACUGCCAUUUAUGUGCUUAGCAAACAGCCUGACAUCGCCGAAUUGGCGAAUAAAUUGAAAACCGUCCAACAAAAUAGCAAUGAGAAACCAGAGGUACACUUUGUCAAAUAUCGCACACCCGAAGAUGCAUUGCGUGCCCAACAAAUUAUUCAACAGGAAUACGAUAGUUUGGGCGGUACCUCGCGUUAUUCGAAUGAAGGUGAAGCUCCGGUUUUGGAUUUUGCCUCCAUUAAUGAAGGCUUAUUAUCGGACAAGGCUAGCGGUUUUGGCGUGCCUUCUGCGUCGGCUACUGCAAACGGUUAUUUGCCACCGAAAAUUAACUAUAAAUAAUUGGUUUAGAAAUAAGACACGUUUAGUUGAUUAGUAACUUAUUUAGCAUUAAAUUAUUGUUUUUAUUGAAUAAAUUGAAAAUUGUACUAAAAUGUCA